AGUCCGUGUGAACUAUGUUGGUAUUGUUGCUGUUGUACUUGUCAUUCAGACAUCCCAGGAAUUCAAAGCAACUAGGAACAAGCAACCUCGGCACAACAAGGACAUUUUUUGUGUCAAACCCGCGUCCUUGUCGCCGAGAACGGUCAGGAAUAUAUCACUUGUUGUCCAAACAGGAGAAGUACCGAGGGAUCCAGCAGUUACGGACCCUGGUAGGUUGUCAGUAACGGCUCACUAACGGCUGUCCUCUGAGUUAGCACCGAGCUAAUUCUCCGGCAGCUAAUGGAUGACUUUAACCCGCAGGCCGCGAAGGAGCAGCUGCCCUGCUUCGUUUCAUAUAUGCUGAAAACUCUAGUUUGCAGCUCGUGUGACACUUUCUAUCGGACAUAUUUGUGCGUUGAUGUCAAAUUUAACUUAAAAGUGUAUUGUUCGCAACGUAAGAGAAGUAGCACCUGUGUAGCGGUGUGUUAGCUUUAACUGCUAGCCACUAUAGCAAGUGUCCGGGCUCCUGUUUUGUGAUUGUUUGUUAUUCUACUAUGGUGUGUUUUUACACUUUAACAACUGUGAACCUCAAAAUGAGAUGCUGGAAUUCUAAAAUCAAACUUUCACUCUGCUUGAGUCCAUAUGAAACUAAGCCUGUAAUUGUACUAGUCUGACACAAUCACAUCUAAUGCUUAUCUUUAAGUGUUUAGUAAUUAUUACUUUGUUCAUCUCAUUUGCUUAACCUGUUUGGUAGCAUAUCAUGUCCUCUAAACACCUGCUUAUCUCACCUGUUUUGUGCAUUUCUGUCAGCGUGCAGAUGUGAAGUCAGACACCACCUGCUGUCCUCUCCUACUACCCUGGACAUAGAGCCAUCCUCUUCAUCUCCUUAAUAGUAUUCAUACAUGCUUUUACAUGAAGAGAGGAGAGAAACCCGAAGGAUACAGGCAGAUGAGACCCAAAACAUUUCCCACUAGCAACUACAGCGGUAACAGCCAACAAAUGCUGCAGGAAAUAAGGAACAGUCUGCGCAACUUGUCCAAACCCUCUGACCCUCCAAAAGUGGACAUUAGUGGACCUGUAAAAAUGCCGCUAGAGGACUCAAGGCAACAGGGGCGCUGCAGCAACCCCAAAAACCACCACCAUCACAAGGCUUUACAGGAGAUCCGCAAAUCCCUGUUGCCUUUUGCAAACGAGCCGUCUGCAGGCCCUGAGGUGAACAAACACAUGAUGCUGGAACCCCCCUGUGCUGGGUUUGAGGAGGUGAGAUGGUUGUUUUCGUGUUUUUGACACAGAGACAGGUUGUUGUGAAGGAUUGUGGUAGAAUUUCAUUCUAAACAUAACUCCGUAAGAGAGAAUAAUCACUUUGAGUGCUGUGUGUAUGAGAGAAUUAUUUGAAAAAUGAAAAGUAUGCAAAGUGGAAAGACCAGGUUGUGCUGAUGCCAAUACAAAGGUAGUUUCCGCACUGGCAGCUGCCACUUGUUUUGAUGCGGUGCAUAAAAUCCAGAUAUGCUGUGAUACAGUAUCUGGCCAACUGUUUUUGUACAGUUUUCUUGUAAUGCUGUUUAGGUAAAACCUCCAUAUACAGCACAAUCUGGGUGUAGCUUCUCUGGUGUCUGUAUCAAGUGUCAUAUUACAUCUGUGUUUUCAGUCGAAGUCAUGUAAAGAUGAACUGACAAUGAGAAGAGUCCUGUCUUAAGAGUUUCAACAGUGUGGUGAUUUUUUUGCAGAGCCAAAAGAUGCGAAAACUGCUACAAACAUGGACAACACCUAUUUACAGCAUGUCAUAACACAGUGAUUGCACAAAGUGUUCAUUUUUCUUUUGUUGACAUUCAAACAGAGCAACAGUCGCAGUAUGGGGGCAGUUAUAGACUACAUGGGUAAGGGGACCUACCAGGAACCAGUAAGGGAACAGAUGGCCAUGUCGAACCCCAACACUACAGGUCUGAAAGCCCCAGGUAUGUAACUCUCCUCAGGGACUUAACUCUGCGGUUUCUCUUUUAUUCCCAUCGAGGCGUGUUCAUUCAGCCUUGAUAUUGUUUGCAGAAUUUGGGACAUUUGCUGAAAGAAAUGACCAAACAUGCUGAUAAAAGAGAGUGACUCACUGUGUCAUGUAAUAAAAGAUGACUGAAAAUUUUUGUCCUAAUAUUCCCACUCUGGACAUACUUUCCUCCAUGCUUGGUGAUUAAAUUAAAGCAGUUUGUCCUGCUGGGGUCUUCUUCUGCACAAAAAUAGAAACCUCCUCUGAUUUGGUAGUGAGGUGUAAUAGCUCUCCAGAUUUACAGCAACAUCAUAAUGGUAAUGAGUGACUGCUGGAUAAACAUUGGUUACUGGCAUCAGUGCAUGGUGCAUCAUUUGCUCAUGUUUGUCAACAGAGGCAUUGUUUGCUAAUAUCAAUGUUCAACUGGUGCAUUUGCGCAUCCCUAGUUUCAUUUCUGAGAUGUUGUCGUAAACAUACAAGCCCCGUUACAAUGAAGUUUGGACAUUGCUUUUUAGUCUUUGCUCUUUUUUAAUGGCCAAAACAAAGACAGAGCAAAGACAACAUAUCAAAAGCUGAAACUGAAAACUUAUUUUGUUUAAUGACAUUUAAAUAAGAGGCCAGUAUGACAUACCUAAAAUUUGUGACAAGGAGAACAAACACUAAAAGAACUAUGUUAUGCUGAAAAAAAAUCCCCUUGGAGGAGUGUGUCACAACUAAUUAGGUUAAUAUGCACAGGUGAGUAAUACAACUGGGCAUAAAAAGAGUAUUCCAGGAUGUCUGUGUCUCAUAGGUAAACAUGUGAAGAGGUUCAGCCCUCUGUGAGAGACUGUGUGAGCAAUUAUUCAAGGAUUUCAUCCACAUACAGUAUAGGCCAUCUUAAGAGCAUCAAAAAAUCUGGAGAAAUCUCUGAACAAACAGGACAAGCCAAAAAUCUACUCUGUAUGGCUGUGAUCUUCAGGCCCUUCAGCAGGACUGCGCUCAAAAUAGACAUGACUCUGCAGUGGAAAUCACAGCAUGGGCUCACUUUUGAGAGCUGUUGUCUGAACCGUUCGACGCAGCAAUCAAACAGCAAAUUUCAGCCUCUGAGAUGUUGUUGUCAUGUUUUUAACACUUUAUGCUUCCCAUCAUUUUUUUUUAAUUGGAAAAACUGAACGCAGGGUCAGGAAAUAUUGAUGUUAUUAAAUCCUGUGAGAAAUUUUAUGUCUUUGCUGUUCAUGGUGGUAGUUAGCAUUGUUGUGAUUAGGCCUGUCACGAUAACAGUUUUUGCUGGACGAUAAUUGUGCUACAAAUUAUCGCCGAUAAACGAUAUUAUUGACACCAUUUUUUAAAUUAUAGAUAAUGAUAUUAUAUGGCAUAAUAAUGCGAGUACACCAUGUCAAAAGUGAUAAACUUUCAUUUCCACACAAGAACAACACUGGUUGUUUUCGUUGACUAAAAUAUUUCCCUUUUCUCCCACGACGGAGACGUAACGUUGACGAGCUAAUCAUAAGUCGGAGAUGACUAAAAUGUGACGAGACGAAAGUGCGUUUAUGUUGAUGGGACGAGACGAAAAUGACCAACAGAGUUGCAAAGCUCAGUCAGUUAAACGCUAAACAUAUAGGAGCAGCUUCAGUCCGCUCUGACAGCUCUCAUCAGCCUGCUGUGCUCCUCCAACACACAGACACGCACGCGCGCGCGCGCACACACACACGUGGAGUUUUUAUGGUUGACGAAAACAAAACUGGUUUAAAGCCGAAAUAUUCCCACACUUGAGUUGUUGCGUUCGGUUUAGACACCAAAGCUGUCGUGUUCAUUCUGUUAGCUUACUUUUCACUCACGACGCUCACUUGUAGCACUGUAUCCAAAAAGUCUGUGUCUGUGUGCCUGUGCGCGCCAGCCCCCUCGUGACAAAGACACUGAAUGACUGACAGGAGGGUUCACUAACUCCGUUCAUUCCGCUAUAGAGCCAACGCCCCCAGGUGCCGAGAACAAUGCGCAGAGUGAGACCUCUUCUCUCAUCCAGCGUGUUUGGUAGCGAGAGAGGAGGAAAACAAACGCACGUCAAUUAUCGAGGCUGGCAAAGUUAUCGACCUCGUUUUUAUUUAUCGAGCGAUAAGGCAAUUUAUUGAUUAUCGCGACAGGCCUAGUUGCGAUGAAAUAAAAGUUUACCAAGUUAACCACAGCAUCCAAGAGCACAGCUGUGAAUCAAGUGAGGGAGCACAGCUUUUUGGUCUCCUUGAUAGUGUGAGAGUUUUCCAUAUCUUCCAUGACUAACAAAAGCAUUUAUCUCAUUACAUAAUAAGGUCAGAUGAUUUCCAGCUUAAUUGUCCUCCACAGAAAUGCAGAGCUGUAAAUCUUAAUUUUCAUCACUUCAGCUUCUGUUACUUUUUUUUAUCUGCAGGAGCUCCUCACAUCCAGCAGGCUGUUCUGAGGAGGCAGAGCUGGAAAGGAUCAAAGGAGUCUUUGGCCCCUCGACAUGGUCCUCUCAUGGUGGAUGGAAUGCUGUAUCGCUCAGACAGCCCUGGACCACCUCCUUCCUUCCCACAGGGUCACCCUGCUAACAGCCAGAGGGUCAAUCCUCCUCUGCCGCCUCAGGUGCGCAGCGUCACGCCUCCACCAAACAGAGGUGCGAUGCCUCCUCCACCAUCCUGGGACAGCAAUCCAUCAACCAAGCGUUACUCUGGCAACAUGGAUUACCAUGUGCCCCGCAUAUCUCCUGUGCCGCAGGGGGCGUGGCCUGAUAGGAUCAGUCCAGUGCCUGUAAGCCACCAGCCCAUCAUAAUGCAAGGCUCUGGGGGAAAUAAGUUUACCUUUCCCUCCAGCUGGUCUCAGAACGGCUCCCCUCAGCCAGAGUACAUGGCAGGGGGCAGCAGACAGCCUCCUCCCCCCUACCCGGUCAGUCAGAGCAGCAGGCACAGUCCCACUGACCAGCAGAUGCAGGCAGGAGGACCCGCAUCCUCCCCCUCUUAUGUCAACGGGGGGAAUCUCCCUCAGUCCAUGUUGGUUCCAAACAGAAAUAGUCAUAACCUCGACAUGUACAAUUUAGGUCCCCCUCAGUCCUGGACUCAGGCUCCCAUGGGCUCCAACCAUCCUCAGUCUUCUUCUGGCAACACCAGCAACCAGGACCAGUCUCCAUCAUGGCAGCAUAACAUGCCAGUCCGCUCCAAUUCCUUCAAUAACCACCAGCUGAAUGGCAGACAAGCCCACCCAGCCAGCUCCCAACCCUCCGCCACCACAGUCACCGCCAUCACCCAGGCACCCAUUCUGCAGCCUGUCAAGAGCAUGAGAGUCCAGAAACCUGAGUUACACACUGCUGUGGCUCCCACACACCCUCCAUGGCUGCACCAGGCUUCAACUCCAGCUGCACCUGCCUACCCAGAACCCCCAGCCCCUGUGUCUCAGAUCCCUGUUGUAGCAGAAGUCCCCAGCUACCAGGGCCCUCCUCCACCAUAUCCCAAGCAUCUUCUCCAGCAGCAGGCCACACCUAGCCCCCCUGCCUAUGAUCCGGGGGCCAACAGGCUCAGCGCAGGCAGAGAGGAGGCUGCUGAGGAGGAGAACGGAGGCGGUGAAGGCUCCAGAGAGAAGACGACUGACAGCCCUGACAGCACCGUAGCAACAGAAAAGGAGAAGAAGCAGAUCACCACAUCGCCUGUGCCCCUCCGUCGUAACAAGAAAGAUGAAGAACGGAGGGGAGAGUCCGGGAGGAUAGCGCUGUACUCCCCCCAGGCUUUCAAGUUCUUUAUGGAGCAGCAUGUGGAGAACAUACUGAAGAACCAUCAGCAGAGGAUUCGGCGGAGGAAGCAGCUGGAGAGUGAGAUGCAGCGGGUGAGCAUAUUAACAACCUUUCUCUCUUAACUUUCUCUUAGAACUGGCUUUAGUCACAGUCCAGUCUAUCUUAUUUUUCUAUCCUGUGGUUGUUGUAGUAUCUAUCCUAGAAAAACUGUUUUUCAUGCUGCUCUCUUGUUCCGUAGCUUUUCUUUCUCUUUUUUCCUCACCUGGCUGUCACUAACAGCUGAUCUGAGAAGGUAAAGAUAUCGCUGCUGUCCUGUGGCAUGGCUGUCAUUUUUUUAGUCUUGUGUUGGGAGCCUGGUGUUUGUUUGUUUUAAUGUACUGCAUUCAGCAUGUUAGCCUAAAAUGAGUGGAAAUGAAUGCAGGACACCCCAUGACCGUCAUUUCACUGAUGAUGUCACUGCUUGUGCAUUUUCAGCACGGUUACUUUGACAGUUCAAUUCAUUUUCUCACAUUAUCUGUCUGUAGGGCUGGGUGAUAAAACAAUAACGAUAUAUAUCGAAAAUUAAUUUCCCUCAAUAUCAAUAUAAAACAUGGUCAGUAUGCUUUUCAAUGUUCGGCAUUCUGCCAUGUUUUGGAAGACUAUAUGAAUAGCCCAUGAAAGGGAGAGUUUCUCCGGGUCUGCGUCACGCUGAACCAAUCGUGCAGAAUUAGAUCCAAGUAGCAAACAACUGCGUAGUAGCAGACUGCAGCUACACACAACCAUAGCACUUAAACAGGUGAAGCCAACAGCACUGUUGGUGAGAAAAAAAAAACGAGUGCUACUCCCAGCAGAAAUGCAGAUAAAGACUAAACUGAUGAUGACAUUAUCGACAACACCGGCAUAAUAACGUUCGUGGUGUGAAGGAAUUCUUUUUUUUUUUUUUGAGGUCGGACAUGAAGCAGAGUAACGUGCACUACAAGUUAUGUCAAGUACAUGUUCACCCCAAAGUCGGGGAAUACCUCAAAUCUUUUUCACCACCUGAAGCAGUGCCACGUGGCAGAGCACACGCAAUGCAAAAGGUUCCAAACCCCGUGCGGAGCAAGGAGCCCAUGGCGCCUGUGCAGCCAAAGCAGCUGACCACUCAGCCUUACAACAAAACGUUAGAGAGACACAAAGACCUCACAGAUGCAGAAGCUUAUUGCAAAAGACAUGUUACCAAUAAGCACUCUUCAAUUUCUUUUAUUAUAUUGCGAUAUAUUGAUAUCGACUGAUGAAAAAAAUUUAUUGUGAUAAACUUUUUCUCAUAUUGCCCAGCCCUAUUUGUCAGUUUUGGUUUAUUCUACCAGUCAAGGGCUUUGAACCAAAUUCUCGACCAUGUAUGUACGUACACAUCCUCCAUUAGCCCCUCCCUGCAUCCAUAACUUUUCAUUCUAGUCAGUCUGUGGUCUCAAAUCUGUGCCUAAUUUAUCCCUACAGUCCUGAACCCCUAACCUUGAAGUUGGUUUAUGUCUAACAAAAACUACAACUUUGUUUUGAAGCAGUAUUUUUAGGACAGUUUGAAAUGAUUCAGGCCAGUAAAUCACUGCUGACUCAUUCCUUUUUUCAGGUGGGUUUGUCAUCAGAAGCCCAGGAGCAGAUGCGUAUGAUGCUCUGCCAGAAAGAGUCCAACUACAUCCGGCUAAAGCGCGCCAAGAUGGACAAAUCCAUGUUCAAACGGAUCAAGACCCUCGGCAUCGGGGCCUUUGGCGAGGUUUGCUUGGCCAGAAAAGAGGACACAGGAGCGCUUUACGCCAUGAAAACGCUGCGCAAGAAAGAUGUUCUGCUCAGGAACCAGGUGGCCCACGUUAAGGCAGAGAGGGACAUUCUGGCUGAGGCCGACAACGAGUGGGUUGUCCGUCUCUACUACUCUUUCCAAAACAAGGACAACCUGUACUUUGUCAUGGAGUACAUACCUGGAGGAGACAUGAUGAGCCUCCUCAUCCGGCUGGGCAUCUUCAAAGAGGAGCUGGCUCAGUUUUACAUCGCAGAGCUCACCUGCGCUGUGGAAAGCGUCCACAAGAUGGGCUUCAUCCACCGAGACAUCAAGCCUGAUAACAUCCUUAUUGACAGAGACGGACACAUAAAGCUGACUGAUUUUGGUCUGUGCACCGGCUUCCGCUGGACACAUGACUCCAAGUAUUACCAGAGCGGUGGGUGUCACCAUAAUUUCAUUUACUCAUUCGACAAGUUCACUUGUGAAUUCAGGUGAUUUUCUGGUGAAUGGAAAUCUAAAAUUGAUCGGUUAGUUUUGAUUGAUAAAAAUGAGUUCAGCCAAAGGCGUUGGAAGACAUUUUCAGACUGUUGUAUUGAAACACAAAGAGCUAAGUCAUGAGUAAUGAGUCAACUGUGUGACCUCUCUCCAGGUGACCAUGUGAGACAGGACAGCAUGGACUUCAGUAAGGAAUGGGAAGAUCCCACCAACUGCCGCUGUACGGACCGCCUAAAGCCUCUGGAGAGGAGGAAGGCCCGGCAGCACCAGCGCUGUUUAGCACAUUCGCUGGUGGGGACGCCUAACUACAUUGCUCCUGAGGUGCUGCUUCGAACAGGUAGGGGGAACUCCAUCCUCAAGGAAACACUCCAAAUUUUACGGUUGGAUUGUUUCCAUCUUUAUGUAAAGCAGCAAAUCCUCUUCCUCUUGGCAUCAUUUUUGCUCAGCUGACACACUUUUGACUGAUCACGGAGGUGAAAGGAAAGUCUAAUACCCAGCUAAGCCCUGUUGUUUCAGUGUGAAUGAUGUUUUUAAUCUCCUGUAGGAUACACCCAGCUCUGUGAUUGGUGGAGCGUCGGUGUGAUCUUGUAUGAAAUGGUUGUAGGACAGCCUCCCUUCUUAGCGACUACACCCCUGGAGACGCAGCUGAAGGUAUGUGAAGCACCUGCAGCCAAAUGUUUCGCAUCUUUGGACUUCUUUUUUGUCUUCAUGUCAUCUCUAUGUUGUUGAAACCAGGUGAUAAACUGGAAGAGCACGCUGCACAUUCCCCCGCAGGCCAAGCUCAGCCCCGAGGCGUCAGAUCUCAUUAUCAAGUUGUGCCGCGGCCCCGAAGACCGCCUCGGCAAGAAUGGUGCAGACGAAAUCAAAGCUCACCCUUUCUUCAGGAGCAUCGAUUUCUCCAGCGAUCUGAGGCAGCAGGUGGCGCCGUACAUCCCCACAAUCGCUCACUCCACAGACACCUCAAACUUCGACCCUGUAGACCCCGACAAACUGUGGAGCAGCGAUAGUGACAGCGAAGACAACCACAACGACACCCUCAAUGGCUGGUUCCGUAACGGCAAACACCCCGAACACGCCUUCUAUGAGUUUACCUUCCGCCGCUUCUUUGACGACAAUGGCCACCCAUACAGCUGCCCCAAACCCAUUGGAUAUGAGGACUUUAACGAGGACGAAGGGGACUCAGAGGGCGCAGUGCAGGAGGCUGCUGGCAUCUCGGCCAAUCAGGGCAGGGAUCAAGUCUAUGUGUAGCAAAUGAAGCUGGAACUGCUUGUACAUAAUAAUGGGUUCGUGGAGGGUGUUAGUGGUGUGAAGGGGUUUAUGACAGAACAUACAUGAACAUAGGAGAGUAUAUUUUCAGAGGAGUCAAAAAUCCGGUUACAAUAUCAGGAUCUUAGAGAUUGAAACUAAAAGUUGAAGGUUCAGUCGAAAAGGAAGCAUGUGAAAAUGACUGCCACUCUUCAUUUUGCUAUAUUUAUUCAAAGAUACUUCAUUUAUUGAAGCCAGAUAUCCUGAAGAUACUGGGGUAUGCUGAAUCCACUGGUCUGCAACACUCUCUGUUCUCCUGUUUUGAGGUGAAACUUUCAGUGUAUAUAUAUUUACAAGUUUUCAGUUGAAGUCUAGAAAUCCAGGAAAAAACUUCUGAGAUUCUCCAAUCGCUGAGGCAGAAAGAAAGAGGAAACCCUCUUCAGUGAUGCUUUUAUGUUCACCUAAACCAAACCUAUCAUAGUCAUGUUGUUCAAAUCUGAGAUUUGGUAUGGUAACUUAUAAUCUUUACAGGUACCAGUGGGCUGAAGUCUUUGUCCUGCGUCCAGCCCAACUGUGUCAUGAAUAGUGGUAUCGAUCUCCUGUACCUCUGGCUGUGACAGCUGUGAAGUCUGCCUGUUAUGUGAGAGUGAUGAGCUGCAGAGGAACUAAAGCAGAAUAAAAUCCUGACGCUCUUUUUAUGAGUCUACCCCGACUCCACUUCAAAGCCUUAAUUUAUUAAAGAAAACCUGGUGAUCUAGUGUAGACGCUGUUUGAGCGCAGGGGUUUCUGUUGUUGGAAUUACAUUUAUCAGUUAAGAAAUUGUCUUAAUUUAUAUUUGAAUGUCUGUUGAAAUGGGGAUGUGUAGAUCUGUGACUGGUAGAAUCUUGCAGGGAUAAUUUGCUCUAAUUCAGUGCUGUGCCUUUUUUCUUUUUGAUUAUUUUUUCUUCUUCAUCUUUCACCAAAUAUAAAGAGGGUUAAUCAGAUUUAAAAUGAGUAGCAGUAGCUGAUUGAACUACAGUAGCUUUUUGUUGUUUUAUUUUUCUAAUUUAUACCUAAAAAUGUAUUUAUAAAUUAAGUUGUAAACAGUUGAUGUAAAUAUUUUCUCUUUCCUGUCAGAAGAUGAUUUUUUUUUCUUAGGGCAGGCCCUCGUCAGUGUCCACUGCUGCUGCCUAAUGAUCAUAUUUGUGACUUUAAGACUCACAAAACACACACACGCAACACUUAUUUACAUUACUCUGGGUAGACAGUUUUUUUUAUAACUCAACCAAAGCACUACAUAGAUUUUGUUUUUCUUCUUUUUACUUUUUUUUUUGCAAUAACAUUUAGGGAAGAAAAAAAACAUAAGCAUAAAGUUUAUAUACUUUUUUAAGUAUCACUUUCAUCCAGGAAUGCCUUGUUUGAAGGUAUCUAACCACUUCAUCCUUGAGACUUAAACCCAGUCCAAUUUUAUGUCUUUGAGAAACACUACAGCUGCCUGUCACGUUGUUGACUUUGUUGGUGCCUCUGUAUGUACUGAUUUAAAGAAAGAAAAACUGGACGAUGGACUCACGCUGGAGACGAAACAUCCCUCCAUCAUUUAUCACAAGGAUUUUGUACCAGCUGUACUUUUUUGUGUGUUCUUAAGAAAAGAUCUCUGAAUGUAGUUAACGGACUUUAUUGGCGACCACUGGCAUUCUGCACUGGUUUUGUGUUUUCAUUGUAAGAGAGAGAAUUUUUAUUUUUGUGUACAUCGUUGGGUACAGGGAAGAGGGUGAGAAAUAAAGAAUGUAAGGAACAAAUCAUCUUUUACAAGCACAACA